AUGGAGAUCACGAGGCCUGCACGCCACCAGGCGCCGAACUUCGAUGCCUCCAAAAAACUGACCCGCCGGGCAGGCAUCAGCAAACCCAGCUCGCAAAGAGCCCCUUGUUCCACCACCACAAAACCAACCAGCACCAUCACCGCCAAGGACCAACAACCACCUCUCCUCGCCGCCAACAACAAGAUGCAGCCGCAGCUGGACCGCAUCGCCGCCUCGUCGCGCAGCGCGUUCGAGAAGAAGGUGUGGUCGCUCCUCUGCCAGAUCCCGAGCGGCAGCGUGUCGACGUACGGCAUCAUGUCGGCGCACCUGGGCUCGUCGCCCCGUGCCGUCGGCAACGCCCUCCGCCGCAACCCCUUCGCUCCCGACGUGCCCUGCCACCGCGUCGUCGCCACCGGCGGCGCCCUAGGCGGGUUCAAGGGCAAGUGGCCGCGUGACGGCGAGGGCAUCACGCUGGACGAGAAGAGGCUGCUGCUGAGGCGCGAGGGCGUCAGGUUUGAUGACGCCGGCACCAGGGUCUUGGGGACGCCGUUUUCGGGGUUUCGGUAG